UCGUGAACAGCGGCUGUGUCGGCCAAGAAGAAAGGAGGAAUUCUUGCUUUAGAGAAGAUUCAAGCAAAGCACAUUGCAAAAGUGCUACACAUAAAAAGAACUGCCGUCCAGCACUGCUUCUGUCGUCUGCUAGCGUCCUACGCUUUCUAAAAUGGCUUUCCAGGCUUAUAUGAGGUGGUCGUUGCUUGUAGCUUUCUCUUGCGGGUUCCUUGCCAAUGCGCAAGACUCACGGGCGACGUUGGGUGAAUUUGAGGUCAUCUCUGAAAACUCUGGUGUGGUUGCAGUCCACUUGGCGCUCCUUCCAGAGGAAAAAGUAUUCCUUUCAGAGAGAUUUCACGAGCUGCCCACCGCAUGGAAGCCGUUUAUUAACGAGACAACGGGGCUGAAGCCUAAUGAGUAUUGGAAUCGCGAUCAAGCACUAGCUGACUGGGCAGCGAAUGCUUCGUACUGGAAACCAAACAAGAAUUGUGUUGCUGCCGGGUUUUUGACAGAUGUGGCAGAGUUUGAUAUCAAGUCAAAUAAAUUCGAGUUGAAAAAAUAUCCAUUUGACGGUGAUCAAGGAUAUAGUUUCUGCAACGGGAUCGCCCAGAUGGCGGAUGGAACGUUGCUGGUUGCGGGAGGGGAUGCCAAGUUUGAAGCACCGCUAGGACCGAAUGGCGAACGUAUUACCACUGACGGCCGACGUGAUGUGCGGAUCUACAAGGAUGGAGUUCUUACCAAGGUUCCGACGGCUCAGAUGCCGUACAUGGAGGGACCCGGUCAAUGGAAGAAUUAUAGUGGAAGAUGGUACCCGACUGUUAUUACUCUAGCCAACGAAGACGUGAUGAUUCUUGGCGGACAGAAGAUUUACUAUGAACCGGGCAAUCCCAUUGCCGACAAUCCUACGUAUGAAACGUACCGAACGGCCACACGAACCUUGGAUCCUCCUGUCCGUGUCGAGAUACUUGCCAAAACAUUUCCUGUGAACAUGUACCCAAUUGCAUAUGUCUUACCAUCAUCCGGAAACGUUUUUACCCUUGCGGGCAACAUGUCCGCUAUUCUCGACCCGGUAGCCAAAACUGAACAGCAUCUCGUUGAUCUUCCCAAGGACGGCAUCAUGCAUAGGAGUUUUCCUUUCUCUGGAACCAACUGGCUCAACCCGUUAACUCCUGCGAAUAACUAUAAACCAACAGUCUGGAUUUGUGGUGGCACCAAUAUGACAACCACUCAACAGGACCUGGCGAGGGACGGUAAAGUGUCUCCAUGGUGGGACAAUUGCAGCCAAUGUUUGGCUACGUCCCGGUGCUAUUCCAUUGAGCCCGAAGCAGCCAAUGCGCAAUGGGUACCUGAAGAGAUGCCCAUUGCUCGGAGUCAGCCCAUGGCCAUCAACCUUCCUGACGGUACCAUAGCCAUAUUUGGCGGGUCAGGAAAGGGACAUCAAGGUGGAGAUGCUGGCAUUUGCCUCGCCUCCGCACCAACGAAUAAAGUCGUGCUCUUUAACCCGGGAGAGACCGACUCUUCCGAGCGAUGGAAAAUUGGCGCAGAGGCGCAAGUACCUCGUCUCUACCACGCCAGUUCAGUCCUGCGCACCGACGGCUCAGUUCUUCUUGCUGGUAGCGACAAUCAAAACUUUGCCAAUAUUCGAUCAGACCCUUACGAGCUUCGUCUAGAGGUUUACCGGCCACCAUAUUUCUUCAUCCCUAACCGUCCAGCGCUGAAUCUCGCUGCCGCACCCAAGACUUUGCGAUACGGACAGCAAUUCAUUGUACCUCUGACCAGCGAUGUGGGGGCAACAAUUCGUAACGUUAGCAUAAUCCGUUACGGCAGUUCCACCCACACUCUCAAUGUCGACCAACGCCAUGUCGAACUAAAAAUCCUCCAAUGGGGAAAAGGAAAGCUUUUGGUCCAGUCUCCUCCCGGUGCAAAGGUUGCUCCUCCUGGGAACUGGAUGUUGUGGGCUGUUGAUAACCGAGGCGCCCCAGUUGUCCAAUCCGCAACCAUCAAUUUGCGGGCAAAUAAUACUGGUGAAAAUGCAGUAUGGUCUGACUCUGACAGCAUUCAGCCAGAUCCUCUUCCAAAGAAGAGCAAGAACUCAAAUGCUGGGGUGAACAUUAAAUAUAGUAGCGCCAAUGCGCUUGGGAUCGCUGUCGCGGGGAGUAUCUUGCUUGGUCUACUAUGAGCUCCAUAUUGAUAUAUAGAUAGAGUAAUAGCUUGUAUAGUGUAUUUCUUACUUUUGCUAUUUCGUUUUCGAAUAAACAAUACCGCCUGAAGUCUUGUUGAG